AUGUCUAUCCUCGUCUCUCGAGUCCUUUCACACGCAGACAAGCUUCCGAUAGUAGGUAGCCCUCGUAACAGCAUUUCUUCAUGGCUACCAAUCAGCCGCGACUCGAUUAGCAGCACCAGCAGCAAUUUUAGCCAAGCCCCUCCCAACAACAGACGUAGAUCAGUCGAACAGCACGCACAAUACGAACAAUCCCGUAUCAGUCCACCAAACUCACCUCGAAUUUAUGCCUCUCCACCUCCACCCUACGAAAACGUCGUCUCACCUGCUCAGCAGCAACAACUACAGAACAAACCCUCGACAUUCAACAAGCUAUCCGGAUACCUUAAACGUGCCUCAUUUUCUGCAGGAUACAGUGCAUUUUACGACUCCAAACCCGCAGUCCCCCUCGAAGUAGCUACCAUUGACAAGAAGCAGGUCGAACAUGCCCUGACCCUUAUCAAUGUUGCCACAGAAAUGGACAAUACCGGAAACCACGAGAUGGCCAUCGACCUUUACCUCAUGGGCCUUGACAAGAUGAUUUCCUCUCUCCCCAUCGAGUCAAACCCUGCCGUAAAGGCCGCCCUUGAACAAAAACUCAUCGAAUUCGCAGAGGCCAAGAACCUCAAUCUCUCUCCUCCAGUCCCCACCAACCACCAUCAACACCAACACCACCAUCGUAACCCCGCCCGUCACUCCAGAACCGAAGAAUACGAUGAUAACGAAGAAGACGAAGACAGAAAGCAAGACACAGGAGCUCAAUUCUCUAGCCUGAUUGUAAAUGCUGCUAUUCUUGGUGCUGUUGCUCUUAAAAAGAGUCCUUUGCCUGAUGCCAUCUCUUGUGUUGUAAACACUGCUAUUUCUGGUGCCCAGAAGGUUGACGAGAAUUAUCAGAUCAGCAAGCGAACCUGGGAUCUCGCUGGCCGUGGUGUAGCAAAGGCUAUCCAGAUAGACCGUGACUACGAACUCCACCAAAUGGUUUCGGAUGCUGUCUGCACUAGUCUGACCGCAGCUGUCAAGGCCGGCUUGGCUUACGUUGAAGCCCCCGGGUACUAUGACACAAGAAGAUCAUAAAUAUAUUUAUAUAUAUUUAUUUAUAUAACCAAGAAAGAAAAAAUCAGAAAAAAAAAGACCAAAAAAAGAAAGAAAAAAAAAUUAAGGAAAAAAUAUAUUAUUCUUUACUUUCUUUUCCCAGGACAAAACAGAGUUUGGUCUUGUUUAUUUUGCCGUAGUAAAUUAUAGUCAGACAAGGAAAGCCAUGUAAAUAAAUCAAUAAAAAAGCACGUCUUUCAUGAAAGAAAUACCCACCUAUAUAUCUAUCUCUAUUUCUAUUACAAAAGAUACAAAGAACCAAAUUGAAAUUGAAAAUAAGAAAGAUAAGAAAGAGAUUAAGAUUUAUAUGUGGAUAAAGAACCUCUUGAAAGAAGUGUAUUCUUUUGUAAUAAAUUCAAUUCAAUUCAAUUCAAUUC